AUGAGUUGGCUCCCGUUUUGGAUUCUGACUGCAGCCGGGAUUCAACAGGCCUUCUCCCUGGAUUCCACUGCCAUGCCGCCCUCCACGGCCCUCACCCCCACGCCCGAGGACGCGUACAACCGCACGAGGUACUGCAAGUGGCCCUGCGAGUGUCCGGAGGCCCCCCCCAAAUGCCCGCCGGGCGUGAGCCUCCUGAUGGACGGCUGCGAGUGCUGCAAAGCCUGCGCCCAGCAGGUGGGAGAGGUGUGCAACGAGGCCGACACGUGCGACUACCACAAGGGACUGUACUGCGACUACAGCUCGGACAAGCCUAGGUACGAAAAAGGAGUGUGUGCAUAUAUGGUGGGAACGGGCUGCGAGUACGACGGCGUGCUCUACCGCAACGGUCAGAGCUUCCGGCCCAGCUGCAAAUACCAGUGCCUGUGCGUGAACGGUGCCAUCGGCUGCGUGCCGCUGUGCUCCGAAUUCCAGCCGCCCAGAGUGUGGUGCCCAAGCCCGCGGCGGGUCAAAGUUCGCGGACAGUGCUGCGAGCAGUGGAUCUGCGACGAACCCAGGAGAGGACGCAAGACGGCCCCACGGCACGCAGUGGAGGUGGCGCCAGCUGAGACCAGAAGCUGGCACAAGAACUGCAUCGCCCAGACUACCUCAUGGAGCCCCUGCUCUAAAACCUGCGGCCGUGGCUUGUCCAUGAGGAUCUCCAAUGCCAACGAACAAUGCGAGAUGGUCAAAGAGUCCCGUCUGUGCAAUCUGCGCCCGUGUGAGGUGGAUAUCACCAAACACAUCAAGCCAGGAAAGAAGUGUCUGAAUAUCUACAGGGAAGAUCAGCCCUCAAACUACACCAUCUCCGGCUGCACCAGCAAGAAGCAGUACAGGCCCAAGUACUGCGGCGUGUGCACCGACGAACGCUGCUGCAUCCCCUACAAGUCCAAAACUCUAGACGUGGAGUUCGGGUGCCCCAACGGGUCGGGGUUCACCUGGAAGAUGAUGUGGAUCCAGGCCUGCUUCUGCAACCUCAGCUGCAAAAACCCCAACGACAUCUUCGCCGAGCUGGAGAAUUACUACGGUUACCCUGAGGUCAUGAGCUAA